AUGCCGCCACCGCAUUCAGCUAAAGAUUUCGAAGCAAUGGCGAAAGCCCGUGCUAAAGCCCUUCGAGAGCACAUAUUCGCUCUACCAACCGAACAGCUUCAGGGAAAGCCGUUGGCCGUUGCCCAAGAGAUCGAAAAGUUUGCCGAUUCGCAGAGACUCCCCAUGAUUUUUCGUGAAGAAAAGAUGAGAAUCGCACGCCAGGUCCUUCGCAAUCAAGAUCCGAAGCCGAAAGUGUUGGUCGAGUUCGGCACAUUCGUUGGCUGCUCAGCUAUUGGAUGGGGCCAAUUAUUGAGAGAAUCGAACGAGGAGACAGCAGGCGCCCAUGUUCACGUGUACGGCUUUGAGCUGGAUCCUGAAUUAGCACAAGUUGCUAGAGAUCUCAUCAAAUUGGCUGGACUCGACGAUGUAGUCACCGUCAUUGAUGGUCCUGGUGCCGAAUCAUUACGGAAAUUGGUAGCGGAAGGGGCAGUGAAAGUUGGCGGCGUGGAUGCAGUUUUCAUCGACCACUGGGAAAAGCUCUAUGUACCAGAUCUUCAAGUCUGUGAGGAGCUGCAGGUAUUCCACAAGGGCUCUGUUAUCAUGGCGGAUAACACCGAUUUCCCCGGUGCUCCAGAUUAUCUGCAGUAUGUCAAGGGUGGUGGUAGUGGUCAGCCGGGUGCAGUACGGUAUGAAAGCAAAUCGUUCGAAACAGAUUCAAACGUGUCAGGCCGUCCAAAAGUUGUAGAGGUUACUAGUGUCAUCCACGUAUGA